CGCCCUCGACGGCGGUGGGGAGGUGCCCGGCCCGCCUCGGAUGGGCAUCGUGGAGCCGGGCUGCGGAGCCAUGCUGACAGGCACCGAGCCCAUGCCGGCCAGCGACGAGGGCCGGGCGCUCGGAGCCGACCUGCAGAGCCGCUACUUCUACCCGGAGCCGGCGGCGCAGGACGCUGCCGACCGGCGCGGGGGCAGCAGUCUGGGGGCUCCCUAUGCCGGGAGCGCUCUAGUGCCCGCACCGCCCGGACGCUUCUUGGGGACCUAUGCCUACCCGGCCAGGCCCCAGGCCGCCGGCUUCCCCGGCGCCGCCGAGCCCUUUCUGCCGCCCACGGGGGCCGAAGGCUACCAGCCCGGGGACGGUUACGCAGCCCCGGACCCGCGAGCCGGCCUCUACCCCGGGCCGCGAGCCGACUACGCGGUGCCCGCUGGCCUCGAGGUAUCCGGAAAGCUGCGAGUGGCGCUCAACAACCACCUGUUGUGGUCCAAGUUCAACCAGCACCAGACGGAGAUGAUCAUCACCAAGCAGGGCCGGAGGAUGUUCCCAUUCCUGUCAUUUACUGUGGCUGGGUUGGAGCCCACCAGCCAUUACCGGAUGUUCGUGGACGUGGUCUUGGUGGACCAGCACCACUGGCGGUAUCAGAGUGGCAAGUGGGUACAAUGCGGAAAGGCGGAGGGCAGCAUGCCAGGAAACCGCUUGUAUGUUCACCCCGAUUCACCAAACACUGGAGCCCACUGGAUGCGCCAGGAAGUUUCAUUCGGGAAACUGAAGCUCACAAACAACAAGGGAGCCUCCAACAAUGUGACCCAGAUGAUAGUGCUUCAGUCACUCCACAAGUACCAGCCCCGGUUGCACAUCGUCGAGGUGAAUGAUAGCGAGCCGGAGGCAGCCUGCAACGCAUCCAACUCUCAUAUCUUUACUUUUCAAGAAACACAGUUUAUUGCUGUGACGGCCUAUCAGAAUGCCGAGAUAACUCAGCUGAAAAUUGAUAAUAACCCUUUUGCCAAAGGAUUUCGGGAGAACUUUGAGUCAAUGUAUGCAUCUGUUGACACCAGCGUACCCUCCCCGCCUGGAACCAACUGUCAAUUGCUUGGGGGAGACCACUACUCUUCUCUCCUACCCAACCAGUAUCCUGUCCCCAGCCGUUUCUACCCCGACCUUCCUGGCCAGGCCAAGGAUGUGGUUCCCCAGCCUUAUUGGCUUGGAGCCCCCCGGGACCACAGCUAUGAGGCUGUCAGCAUGAAACCUACAUUCCUGCCCUCCGCCCCUGGGCCCAACUUGUCCUACUACCGAGGUCAGGAAGUCCUGGCACCUGGCACUGCCUGGCCUGUGGCUCCCCAGUACCCUCCCAAGAUGGGCCCAGCCAGCUGGUUCCGCCCCAUGCGAACUCUGCCCAUGGAACCUGGCCCUGGUACUUUGGAGGGCCGGGGGCCAGAGGACCAGGGAACUCCCUCAGUGUGGACUGAGAUCACCUCCAUUCGGUUAGAAUCCAGUGAGUCCGGACUGGGCGAAGGAGACUCUAAGCGGAGGCGUGUGUCCUCCUACCUUUCCAGUGGCGACAGCUCCUCCCCGGCUGGGGCUCCUUCGCCUUUUGAUAAGGAAGCGGAAGGCCAGUUUUAUAACUAUUUCCCCAAUUGA